UACCUGUACCACAAGCCCCAGAUUAAAGGGGGUUUUAUGGAGACUGAAAUCUCUUUCAUUUUCUUUUACACGUGUGGCUGUUUUGGCUGCACGGUUAUCUGUGCAUCUCUUGUAUGGCUGUGGAAGACAGAAGAGGGCUUUGCAUCCACUGACCUGAAGUUAAAGACAACUGUGAGCAGACAUGCGGAUCGCGGGCUGGUCCUCGCGCUCUGGAAGAAGAUGGGAGACAAUGUUGGAAUCUACGCGACCGAAGCCUUGGAGAGGACCUUCGUGGCUUUCCCCUCCACCAAAACCUACUUCCCACACUUGGACCUGAGGCCAGGCUCUAGCCAGGUUAAAGCCCAUGCCCAAAAGGUGGCCGAUGCCCUGACUCUCGCUACCCAGCACCUGGACGACCUGCCUGCUUCUCUGUCUGCUCUCAGUGAUCUGCAUGCGCACAAGCUCCGCGUGGACCCCACUAACUUUCAGUUCUUCAGCCACUGUCUGCUGGUGACUCUUGCCCGGAACUAUCCUGGAGACUUCAGCCCGCAGAUGCAUGCCUCCCUGGACAAGUUUCUGGAUCACGUGACUUCCGCACAGGUCUCUGAGUAUCACUAAACUGAGGAUGCAGGAUAGUGUACGCUCCAGCCGUGCCCCUUUUCAAGCUCACAGUGUUUGCGUAAAGCUCCCCAGAGUUGCACUGCUGUCCUGUAUGCAGAGGGGCACAGGAGAAAGGUACACCCAGCCCCAGUUGUCAGAACAACCAAGAGACUGGAACUAGAGCUAAGCUGGUGUCUCAGACCUCAGAUGAGAGGCAGCUGUCCAUUGGUUUUGUUGUUUUAUUUUAUUUUUAGCUUUGAGAUAAAUUUCAUAUGCUCUGCAA